UUCCAAACCGAGGUUCACCCCAGGGAGAAUCUUCCGAACUCGGCGGAGAAUAAAACAACUGUUCACAAAAUUUUGUUUCUGUUGGAGGGAGAUAUUGAAAAUUCCAGGGAGACAAAACUGAUCAUUUUUUUUCCUUUCUGACGACAAAAAAAGGGUGUUAAUAAAACAAAGAGUCGAGAGUUGGAGGCUUGGAACGAACAGAAUACAAAUUGCAGUUUCCAUAAAACACUCACUUCAGUCAAUCCUCGCUUUGCUUCCUUGUGUUUGUGAAAUUCUUUUGCAGAUAUGGUAAUGGGAAAGCCUGGCGGAAGAAAAGGUCGAGCAGACCCUUCUGCAGCUAAGAAGUUUGAAGAAAACCGUGAACAAUCUGUGGAGCUUGCACAGGAUCGAGCACCACUUACUAAUUAUGCUGAGGUGCCCAUGGUUCACUCUCCUUCCCAUGACCCCAGGUUACCUUUCAUGUUUAAUCCAGAGGUGCUUGUGACCCCCUGGUUAGGACCUGGUCAGGUUGUGCCAUCCCAAGUUCACUCUUUACCACAAAGCAUAACAGAUAAUAAGGAUGAUUUCAUUGGGAGGUGGAUUUCCGUUGAGAUCACAUGGAAAUAUGCUGGCAAUUUAGUAGCUGUUGUGGGUUCAUGGGACAACUGGCAGAUUAUGGAGCCCUUGCUGCAUGGAGGCAAAAACUUAACUGUCACAAAAGUGCUUCCAGCAGGAACCCAUUACUGCUGCUUCAUUGUUGAUGGAGUGUUAGGAUGUGCUCCAGACUUGCAAUGGGUUGGUGAUGCUUAUGGAAAUCGCUAUAACAUUAUAAGCUUACAGGAGGACGUCCUAAAAUCGACUGCAAAUGGUCCUGCAAAUCUGCCAGAGUUUGAACAUCCUCCUUCCCCUCCAUUAAGCUAUGACAAUAGAUUUUUCACUAAUGAAGAUUUUUGGCAUAAAACAAAAGAAGGCAAGGUUUGUGAGGUUCUACCCCCAGAACUACCACCACAACUAGAAGAUGUAGUUUUGGAUUGGUCAUUAUUGGAUAAACCAUCGUCGUUGACCAAUCACUGUCUACCAAGGCCUGAAUUUGCACAGUUGAAUCAUCUAUACACUCGCAAGGAUGAUCAGUAUGUAGCAUUCAGCUCAACACAGAGGAUGGGAGAUAAAUAUGUCACAGCCAUACUGUACAAGGCCUUGCCUAAAACAAAAUGAGUGCAACCUGUUUUUUACAUUAGGACUUCUGGAGGUAAAUUUAUUUAACAUGAUAACAUCAAUGACUUUGUAUAGGAGAUUGCUAUUUUAGGUCCGGUUUGGAUAUAAGAAGUGUUUCAUUUUAUCUCAAACAA